GAGGUGGGAUUGGGGUGGGGUGGGGGUGAGGGGCGGAGCAGACAAAGUCAUGAUGAAAUAAAAGACAAUGGCCUGACUGACAUUGGGCUGGUGUAAGUGUGGAUAAGUGAGACGGCAAGGAAGAGAGACGUAUGUGAAACUAGAAGGACCAAAAAGAGAUGCAAUCAAAUGUGCUCAGCUUGAAUAUUCAAUCACUACAAGCUACAAAUGAGUUUCUUGCUCAUUUUUACCCGGGCCUUUGACUACUUCUACCUGUCUUCAUCACUUUAUGGAAGGUGCAACAACCAAAAAACAAUCAAAACCUAUUAGUAUUGGUUGGGGCUUGGCAUUAAAUCAAAAAUUACUCAAAACUGACUUAAUUUUUGCCCAUGUACUCAUUCAUUUUAUAAAUUCUGGUUUUAGCAGCCAAGACAAUACCACCAGUCUUUUGACGCUUGGACCACAAUCAUGUUCAAAAUAGGAAGAGUUCAUGGUUUCAGCAACAAGUGCUUCUUCAAAUCUGCAAUGGAUUACACAUGUGUUUACAAAUCCUACACAAUAUGAAAGGCAUUUGAAAAGGUGGAGAAAAAUAUUUGAGGCUUUUCAUGGCCAUAGCGGAGGGACAGAAAUAUGUUCAGAGCAACUGAAUGAACUCCAAAGGGAUAUAGAUUUAUUGAUCUGAUCAGAAUGGAGAGACAUAAGACAGAGGGGUUGUUGUACACUAACAUUUUUUUUGGUUAAGAACAAUCCAGUUUUCUUCUUUUUUUUUGCCAGGGAGAGUUAUUAUCAAUAAGUCACACCAAACAGAAACCAAUGAGCUCAUUCAGAACACUUUGAAUGGUGUCAAUUUGCCAGAAUAAAUACUGGUAAAUAUGAACACGGGGCUCAAACGCUGUACUUCCUAUUCAUUUAUAUCUCUAAGAGCAUCAUCAGAACUGAAGCCAAAUAUUUUAGUACCUUACUCAGAAUCAUUUGUAUUUUUUCAAUGUAAAAACUUUAUUUACUUUAGUAACAACUUAACAAAACCAAUUGCUAACCAACUAACGGAGCUGUCUUGAGUGGAUAGCAUCAGUUAAUUCAGGAAUCAGGCCGAAAUGGCUCUCUCUCUAAUCUCUCUUGUUGAAAUGAUGGCUAGCCUGUGCUUAGUAAUUUACUUCACAUGCUAACAUUACAAAGUAACCUACACUGGUUCCAUAUUGCACAGGUUUCAUAUCUGGCUAAUCUUAGCUGGUUUGCUUGCUAACGGCUAACAUAAUCAACACAGUGGGAGGACAUUUUAUUUGGCUGGACUGACAAUUCACUGCUAACAUGACUCAUGGCAUUAACUAUUAUUUUGACUACUAUCAUCCAUUAUUAACAACUUUCUGAUACUUAACUGUUUCACCUUUCAAUAUUUAGAGUAAAAUUCUAAAUGAAGACGAAUGUCAUAACUUUAUGUAGUUAUGAUAUUAAUGGUGCUGCUUUUAGCUUGUAAAAGGAACUUAAAAAAGAGAACAAUUGAGGAAUAAAAGGGCAGAUGCUAACUGAGGAUGUGGUUUAAAAGCAGUGGAGAGAGGACUCACAUCAGCACUGAUGUCGUUGAACUUUGUGAUGAAGGCAUGUUUGACAACGUCCACGGCCACCUCUGAAGCUAUCACCAUGACUACAUCAGGAAACAGCACCCACAGGUGGUCUACAAACAAACACAACAGAGCACUUAUCAGAGACAACAUCCUGUAUGUUAGCUGCAGGGGUCUGUGACGGUGAACUGAGAGAACACAUGAGGCUGUUCCAGUAAAGAGCGUGAUGUAACUUUGAACUGCUCUAUAGAUUAACCAGCUGUGUAAGUUUAUGUAAUGCUUCUGCUCUGAGUGCAGCGCUGUAUGAGUUACCGGGAUUCCAGGAGAACUGCUCCAUGUUUCUCAGACAGACAAUGAGCAGGAGGAUGUAGUUGGUGAACCUCUCUUUAAUGUCUGUGGGAAACAAACAAAUCAAUCCUGGAUUAACCUACUUUGUCCUCACUGCAGCUGAGCUCAUUUCCAUAAAUUUUACCUUCCACGAAAAAUCAUCAAGUUUAAAACCUCAAUUACAAAAUGUUCACACAAAUGGCUGAUUUUGGUGCUUCAUGCAGUACUUACCGCUGUUUGACAUCUGGAAGAGGUUGUUCUUUUCAAACUUCUUGAACACACUUCCUUUGAUUUCCACAAACUGUAAAAGAAUGAAACGUAAAUCCGUCUGAACCGGUGCUUCAUGCUGUAUUCAAACAGUUAAAUGUGUCUGUGUGCGUUAUACUCACGUUGUUUGACAUCAUGAUAGUGAGCAGGGACUUGUUGUGCGAGUUGAAGGCUACAUUGAGGGUGGUGGCCUGAACCAUGAUGAGAAUAGCAUGGAGAACUAGAUACCAGCAUGUUGAGGAAAAAAUGACACUAAAGACAAAUGAAUAACGCAAAGCUGUUGGUUCCUUACUAAAUUGCCCAAAAAUAAGCAUGCUGUAUUGAUCUGAAAUAAAACUGUAUGAGGUGGGAACACAUGAAUAUUUGAUAUGAGAUUGAUCUGCAACUUUGUAUUGACUUGUCAUUUUCUUUUACAAACAAAAUAAAUGCUAAAAACAAAUGUAGACAAGUCAACAUGUACAAUUUAAUAGAGAAGCAGAAUCACUAUCUUUGCCGAAAAGUACCUCACAAUUCAACCUACUCAUCAUAACUGGAUUGAAGAGAUUUUAACCUCAUGACUUAUCUCACAAGAACACAACCAGCACAAAAAUGGAGACUGAAAAUGUAGUUUACCUACUUUCACUUGUUUGAUACACAAAAAAUACUUACCAUAUACUCCCGAGAACUGUUUUUGUUAUUCUAUUCGUUUGCUUUUUUGUGUUAUCUGCUGUUUUAUACCCCAUUUAAUAUGUGAAAUCCAGCUGUAUAUGACACCUGAUAAUACCUCAAAUUUGUAUAGAUGAUCAAAAAAGCUGCUGAUUAACAUUAAUUUUUUUGCCAUGUUCCUUUCCCAUUUCAAGGUUUGCUUUUUCUCUAAUCUCACAGCAUCAAAGACCAAGGAUACAGACGUAGAGCACAGCCAUAAGGAAGUGUGGGAUCACGCCUAUGUGCGCUCUCUUCUUCUCCUUUGGUUCGGUGGCUGUCCAGUACAGAGCGUCCAGUAUGUCCUGGCCGAAUGACGAGAACAGGCGGUCUGCCACCUGACAGCCAGACAGAAGACACGAGAGCCAGUGAGUGGUUAGAAAAAUGUACAGAACGGUCAGAGUUAUAAACGUUAGGAAAGCGUCAUCUUGCUUUACCUCUAACAUGUUGUAUAUGAUGUAUAGUUUGAUGACAGACUGCCCUCUUAUCAGGUGGUACAUCAUGGAAUAAUCCACAUAGCUCAUCAUGGAGUAACACAGCACCAUGAUGAAGCCUUUCAGCACGUCACACACCUGGGCUGGCUGUAGGAGUCGGGAGCCACUAUAAAGAUACAACAUAUGAAACAAGAGGAAAUGAAAACUGGAGAUCUUCUUAAGGCUGAGAAGAACAUAGCAACAGAAGGAGGUUAGAGUACAGGGUUAAGCCUGAAAGUCAGAGAAGGCUGUACUGCUCUCUAGUGGUUAAGAACAGUACUGCGCUAAUGACAGCUGUCAAGAAUGCAAAAUUGAACAUGAGGAGGUGUUUGUCAAACCUUUAUAUAUAUAAGUUAGUCUAUAAAAACUAUUCUGCCCAAUAUUAGAAUAUUUGAGAACAAAUGGUCAAACUGUUGGUCUAAAAAAUGAAACAGAAAAAAGUCUGACUGCUAUAAGAGCAGAGGACGGGAACAUUUCUAUUUAGAGAGAAAACAUUCAGCCGGUCACACCGAACUAAAGAAAAUCAUCUGUGAUCUCAGAAAAGUCUCUCACAUCAUUGAACAUGUUUUUUCAUCUGAUGGUUCCUAUUUCUUAUAUGUAAGAAAUUGGUGCUGCCUAGGCAUAAACUCGAAUUAGAUCCUGGUAUCCUUAUAAUGCCCUUACUCCUAUUUUACAGCUCAAUUAUUUAACGAAAAAAGAGUCUGAAACGCUGAAAAUGAAUUACUUUUCAGGAAUUUACAUAUUGACAACAUCCCUACACAGCACAAGAGCUUUACAACAAAUAACACUUGUUGAAAUUAAAAUGUGUUUUCAAUCAUAUUGUAGCAGACGUGUUCUGAUUUGGAUAUUUAACAGACAAUAGAUGGUUUACAUUAUUAUUUUAAUAUUUUUCAUUCAUGAGCUAAAAGAUCGGGGAUUUAUUUCAAUUUCUAUCCAGAAUAAGAAGACCAUACUUUACCCGAGACCACAGCAAGGCAACGUAAGGAGCCGUAAAAGGGCCAGAAUCACCCUGAGGGGCAGCAGGGUGAACACGUAGAGAAAAGCAUCCAGACAGAGGAAGAAGCCGAAGGUCAUCAACUGAAGAGGGAAAAUGAGAGGGGUUCAAUUUAACCAUGACUUAUGACAAAGUUUCACCAAAGUGUUUUACUCGAGUGUUUUACCUUCUCAAGCUCCUUAGGGAUGCGGAGGCAGGUGUAGACCCUCUCUCUGCGCUCUGUAUAUUUGGCCUCAUUGUGUUCCAGGAAGUAGCCUCUGGUCAGCUCAGUGGUUAUGAAUCGGACCAGGGAAAGGUCUAGAUUCAGAAAAGAAGGACAUAGAGAACUUUAUGCUCCACAGUCUUCUCUCAUUCUUUAUGAACAAGAUCAGCCGGCUUUUAUUCAAGCUGAGAGCAACUGUCCAGAUAAUCUACAGAGAAUUCAGGGGAUGAUGAAGAUCCUUCCUGUCUCAAAUAGACACACACCUUAGAGAUAAAAAUAACCUCAGCCUCGAAGCUUUGAUGGCGUCUUUACUCUGCAUUUCACUGCAAACUCAGGGGACUCCUCAGUUAAUAAUAAAGCAUGCAUUUGGAUUUUAAAUUUGCAUUGAUAUAAUACCUUCACUGUAGGGUCGAUUACCUGUGCACAAAUGAAAAGCACACAUUGAUGAACAAAUUAAAGAAGCAGCCUGAACUCCUGACACCUUAAGUUAUCUACAGAAGAACAAGGUAGCACACUUUAGAGAAUGGUGUUUGAGGGAAAACGUUACCCUGAUGCUCUGAUUUGCAUAUAACUAGAAAGACAGAAUGGCAGAUGUUGUUUAAACUUGGUCUCCAGCAGAGGUAGUCCCAAAUUAGUAGUUCACUUAUAUUGUGUUACAAUGGCAGAUCUUCUUUUUGAUAUAUUGCAGGAUAUCUGUAUCAAAAAGCGUGAGCAGAAUUACUGCCAAAGUACACUGAAGCUAAUUCUGGCAGUACAUGAAAGCCAAGCAACUUACAAAGGCACCAAAUUUUGUUUCUCCAUCCUUUAGUUUGUCAUCCAUCUGCAUUUUAUUAUGUAACAUUCCAUACAGAGAAUAUUAAUCAGCAGCUAAACGACAGUGGUCUUUACAUUUCUGAGAAAGUUGUCUGAGUGAUUUUGGAGCCUGGCGGUCGGGAUUUGUUCUCAUACAGAGCAAAGGACAUUAGUGAGACCGGUCACUGAUGCUGCCUGAUAAAGCCGAGCUUACAGUUAGAGUUGAAAUCCCAAAGGGGAAGGAAUGCGUUGAGGUCACGGCUUUGUGCAGGUCGAUACGGCUCUUCUAGCCUUAUCUUGAAAAAAGCAUGACUUUAUGAACUUAACUUCAUGCACAGGGGCUUUUAAAAGUUGAUGCAUAAAAGGGCUGGGCUGAAACUGUUGCCACAGAGUUUAAAGCACAUGACUCCCUGAGGUUUUAUUGUAUCUUUUGCCAUUAAGGUUCAAAAGGAAGGGCUAACCACACUAUCAUAGUUUGUUGAUUAGGCUGUGGAAUACUUCUCAGGCUGUGAAAACUAUUACAUAACAGUGCAAAAAUGUCAGUUUUUGCAUUGUUUUCUACUCUCGGGCAUAUCUUGUCUUAUGGUCUGAUGAAACCAAAGUUGAACUUUUUGGGCAUUAUUGCAAAAAGUAUAUUUGGCACAAAAUCAACACUGCUCAUCGCCAAAAGAACACCAUACCUACAGUGAAGCAUGGUUGUGGCGGCAUCAUGUUCUGGGGCUGUUUUUGGAACUGGUGCCUUAGUCAGAGUGGAGGGAAUUAUGAACAGUUCCAAAUACCAGUCAGUGUUGGCACAAAACCUUCGGCCUUCUGCUAGAAAGCUGAAGAUGAAGAGGAACUUCAUCUUUCAGCACGACAAUGACCCAAAGCACAAAUCUAAAUCAACAAAAGAAUGGCUUCACUGGUAUCAGAUUGAGACUUUGGCCAUGCCAUCUCAAUCUGUUAGAUUCGGAGCGGUUUUGCAAAGAAGAGUGGGCAAAUAUUGCCACAUCAAGAUGUGCCACGCUAAUAGCCUCCUGCCCAAAAAGACUGAGUGUUGUAAUAAAAGCCAAAAGGUGCUGCAACAAAGUAUUAGUUUAAGGGUGUGCAUAUUUAUGCAACCAGGUCAUUUUAACUUUUCUAUUUUUUAUUUUUCCCCUUAAAGGUUUCAGUUUGUUUUUCAAUUGCGUUGUACAGGUUAUAGGUCUCAUUAAAGGUAGAAAAAGUUGUGGAAAUAUUUAUCUUGCUGUCAUUUUCUUACAUCACGAAAACCUGGCAGUUGAACAGGGGUGUGUAGAGUUUUUAUAUCCACUGUAUCCUUAAAUGGGACAGUGGGGUUUGAAUGGAAGUUUACCUGGCCACAGGAGUCACCCUGAAAGGAUUUGUCAAGGCUUCUCAAACUGAAGUGCAAGGUUUAUGGUUCAAAAUUGACUCAUAAAGUAGAAAAAAGUUACAAUAUCGCUGGCUUUGUAGCAUCAAAUGGAGUGAAGCAAAGUUGUAAAUAUCAAAACUAUCACAGCAGAAGUUGGCUGACUGGACCAGUUGAAAAAAAUAGAGCCUUUCUGUUGCCUCUGUAUGUAAAAUCUGAGCUUUUCCUGUUGUGAUCAAUCUAAAUAUCUAAAGUGCAUUCAUACUUUAUGCCACCUUUGUAUUUCACUGCCCCAUUUGGACCAUUUAGACCUUGUCAGUCAAAAUUCAAGUCUGACUCUGGACCCACAUAUGUUUCAUUUCUUCAUGCCCUGUAUAUUAAAGCUGCAGUCCUCUGAUGCAGCAGUUGUUGGUUUCACUCCAGGCCAUGACCCUUUGCUGCACGUUGUCCUUUCCCAGAAUGAAAUGCCCAAAACCUUGUCUUGGAGGGGAAAGAAAAUGUCUUCUUCAUGGUCUCAUUUUAUGCUGUAGGGUUCUUGUAUUGCCUUGGGUUUCUUAUAAAAAAAUUUAAUUGGCCUUCAAUCCGGAGGCCUUGUUUUUAACUGAGCUUUUGUUUUUAUUUUUAUGUGCUGAUGUUCUUCUGUACUUUGCAACUGUUGUCAAAGCAAACUUCUGUUUUUAAAAGAGCUAUAUAAAGAAGUUAUUAUAUUAUUAUAAUCUCUACUUAGAUCAGAAAACGUUUCAUUGCAGAGUUUAUGUAUUGACUGUACUCAAAGAAAACAUAACAAAGUUGAAUCCCCUAAUCUCUUACCUUGGUUAAGACACUGACAACAUAAUACGAAGUUCUAACAAAAGGAAAUGUGCCACAUUUUCAAUAAAAGGAAAGUUGUUUGGCCAGUUGCAAUAGUCAAAGUUUGGGACUUUUGGGUGGGACCCAGGGUGGCAAACCUGUUUUCAAGGGUGGCCAAGCAACCCAUGCUACGACUCUGGAUCCGCCCCUGACAACAUAAAUCCGACGAUGAAGGGCUCAUAAGAGUAACUGCAUACAGGUGCCCCAAGAGUUCUGGCCAAAAACAGUAUGUACCCGCUCACAAGCUGGGCUAGUGCGCAUGCGCAUUGAACUGCACGUCUUACUACUACUGCCAGAGAAGUGGCCUAUUUACACUCCGGUAUGAUAACUGGCUGCAGUGCUAUUUUGCUGACAGUCGUGACUUCUAAAUCUGGACAUUAAACCUUUGCACAGUCUACCGGUAGAAACAUAAAUGCAUUGAACUUCGGCUCUAUCUUCAAAAAGCAGUAGCUGAGUUAACAUUCAGUGAAAACUCGGAGCAGCGACCAAAGCUGCAAAUACUUCACCCAAACCGCGUGUUGAUGCAACUUCGCUGUUACACGUAAAUAGACUCGCAUUGCACUACCACUGUAAUUCAACUAAAUACAUGUUUACCAGAAGCUUAACAAACAAACACUCACACAGGCAGCCAGCUCACACUCAAACUGGCUCUGUUGCUAGCUCUCACCUGACAGGUUGCGUUUCUUGCCCAUGCUACCGCCAUUUUUAUCGUUUGUACUCAGCGUCUCCGUGAGUCCGUCUUUCUCCUUGUUUCUCUCCGUUUUGGCCGUCUUUCUGUUCCACUCCCUGUCCUCCUUCUCCUUCUCUUUCUCCUCUCCCAGACCUGACGACAGCGAGUCCGCCAUCUUCGCCAAACGGUCUCAUCUGCUGCCUGGGAGACUGACAAACCGCGUCAUAUGCUCUGACGUCAUCACGUACGCCCAGUAGUGUCAUUCGCUCACCGGCAGAGGUCGCCAAAUGGCCACUUGAAAGGUAACGUAGAGCAACCAGACAAAGUAACGUAUUUAAGAAAGAGAAUGAAAAAGGGGAGAAAAUACCUUCUGCAAAAAUAAAAAGGAUGCAAAUUAAAAAGGCCACAACGGAAGUGAGCUGCCAGGGACAGAUAAUGAUCAUGCACCCAUGUUUAAACAUUCAAGGCACUGAAGACGUUGGUGAGAAAACAAACAAAGAAGUUAGUGGAAAGGUUAUUGUUUGAUUUCACUUUGUGUGCCUUUCAAUGUGUCAUUUGGUCAGGCCAUGUAGCGCCUGAGUCAAUAUGAAGUUGAACUGAAUCUAACACUACACCGGGAUCCUCCAGUUCAAUUUCAUAUCGACUCAGGCGCAACAUGGCCUAACCACAUUGAAAAGCACACAAAGCUUUUUUCUUUUUUUUUUUUGCGUCCUUUUAUUUUUGCAGUAAGUCACUUUUUUCUGCAUCACUACUACAGCAGCAAUAAAUAAUAAACAUAAUAACAUAAUUUAACUGACGCUUACAGCUUUGCUUAGUGCUCCUUUGUGGAGGAGUUUUAGUGUGUAAUAAAUCAUACUGCAAUUGUGGUGUGGCAAAAAUUCAGUCCAAUUACACCACUAUUCUUUAUGCUACAGCUUUGUUAAUUUUGUCUAUUCCAUAGACUGUAAAUACUAUGGACAACUUGGUUCCGCCUUCCGCCAGUAUAUUGCAAUCCUACGCAAUCCUUGUACACCCAUAGGCUGUAUCAGGUGUCAAUCAUAGAAAACAUAAACCCCCAAUAACUUUUAAACCCAGCGAUACAGUCUAUGCUCUAUUCUAAUGAAACUUUACCAACUCUUCUUAUGUUCAGUUUCACCCACUGAAAAAGUCCAUUCAAAAGUAAGUUUGAGGAUUUCAUCCAAAAAUUAAAUUUUCUCUAAUGUUAAGUUAGUGUAAUGUUAAGACUUAAAAAAAAAAGAUUUUAAGCUGUAUACUAAGAAAAUAACAUGUAUUUCUCAUGUGGAAUACACUUUAUGAGACAUGCGUCAAGGUACAGGACAUACUGUACACUGCGCGCAGAGAGGGGGGAGGAAUGGGUUUCAACAGCAGCCCCCAGCUCAUUUUUGCCCUGAGGCUCUGCUGCUUUCCCUGCUUCAAGGACUGUAGUGAAAAUGUGCAGAUAAGUCUGCAUUAAUCAUCUUUGGACAGAUCCCUCUUAUAAUUCUGUUCAUUAUUUAUUCAGUAGCUACUACAAACAAAUUAAUACUAAGUAUCAGAAGCACCAUAAAGCUUAUUUGACUAUAUUUGACACAGAGAUACAGGUCCCAAUCAUGUCAGGAAUACAUUUUAAUCAUGCAUGCAACAGUUCAUUGAAGUACAGUAAACCAGCUAUCAAAAACUUGACAUGGGACUUCCUGAGCUUUUUUAUUCAUUGUUUAUUUAUGCAUUAUGACAGAGCUGAAGCAAUUUUUGUACAAUUUGAGACUGAUAUUCACAUCUUAUACUGCAAUCCCUGAAUCAUAACUGGGUUUAAAGCCAAGCAGGUUUACAUCAGGGGUUCCCAAACUUUUCACUCCCAAAAGAAGUGUGCUAGAGAUUGGUGAGACCCUCUGCCUCUUGAGGAGGUGAAACAUUGCCAUACGUCAGCACUAAUAUGCCAGUCCAAAAACUGACAUUACAGCACAAAAGAACAUGACAGUCAAAUAGCCUCAAUUUUAUUUUAUAGUUUCAAUAUUUAACUGUCAUUAUUUCCAAAGCUAGAAGCAGAACAUAAGUGAUCCUAACAUUGCAUGGAAAGGACUACUUGGUAAGUAGACACACCGAUGAGUUUGCAUGCUUAAGCUUAAGUCACUGUCAGCUACUGUGAGGAAUGUUCUGUUUGUGUCAGAUUUGGUGCCCCCUGUGGACAAAACAGUCUGUCCUUAUCUUGACCUCCAGUGUCUGAUGAAAAAUGACUUUUGUCUUUUUCUUUUACUGAUCAAGUGUGUCAUUUAUUGUGGACAUAUCUGUUUACUGUUGUGUUUUCUUCCAUGUAAAUUGUCUUUAAGUGCCAUGAAAACUACCAUGCAAAUAAAAUGCAUUAUUAUUCAUUGUAGAAAUCAGGCUGUUUCUGCAAGUGCUCGACUGGCACCUGCCCCUUGCACUUGCUACAGACAUUAAAAAUGACACAUUUGUCAGUCUUGUCCCUGAUGUGCUUGUUAGCUUUUGGAUUCUAUGAAAGGGAAUCAAAAUUAAUUUCAGUCUAUUACAUAAAAAAAACUCCUCAUUGGAGCUUUAAAGUAGCCAUUCUGCAAAAACAAAAAAGGCUCAUAUGCAAUUAUCAAAUUUAAAGUCAAGCCAAAGCAUUAGACCAAAUCUACACAUGCAGUCGUCACUGAAAAUUUUAUAUUUUUAUUUGGUCUCUAACAGGUCUCAAAUGUAUAAAUAUGGUGCCAACACUGACUGGUAUUUGGAACUGUUCAUAAUUCCCUCCACUCUGACUAAGGCACCAGUUCCAGCUGAAGAAAAACAGCCCCAAAGCAUGAUGCUGCCACGACCAUGCUUCACUGUAGGUAUGGUGUUCUUCUGGUGAUGAGCAGUGUUGAUUUUGCGCCAAAUAUACCCUUUGCAAUGAUGCCCAAAAAGUUCAACUUAUGUUUCUUCAGACCAUAGGACAUUUUCCCACAUGCGUUUGGGAGAUUUCAGAUGUCUUUUUGCAAAAUAUAUCUAAUGUGGUACAGUAAAUUACUCAGAUACGUUAAGCCACUAACAUGUAGAGAGAAAUAGAUACAUCAGCUUUGCAUGUGACAAACAAGUGAUACAGGUCUGUAAAUCCUUCAGUUAAUUUUCCCGCUUGACCUUUGAGGAUCUGUAAUAAGCCACAUCUUUAAUUCUGACACCAUUAAGUCUGCCAGUGGUGCACUUUAAUGUUUAUUCUGGGGUCAUCAACAUGAUGAAUUUCCUGCUUUAAAAGGUCAGGACGCAGAGGUUAAUUUACCCUCUAAAUUACAGAGAGAGAGAGAAACAGAGAGAGAGAGAGAGAGAGACAGGUGUACAGGGCAGGGAUAGAGUUUCUCCCGGUAGGAGAUCUCUGUGACCACAAUAGAUUCGGUUUCUCCUCCACUGUGACUCACCCAUCAUUCAUGCUGCAUUUUAACUUGAUUUUUUUUCUCGAGAAGAAUAUUUUCCCCAUGAUUAUGAUUCAUUUUCUUUUAACAUUCAGGGGAUAAACUGAUGGUGAUCUCCGGGUGUCCGUUGCGCUCGCUGCCCGGCGUCGUGUUACCUUUCUCGGGGCAGCAUGGGCUCGUAAGAUGCCUUCUCUGUGGAAACGGAUAACCUUCUCGGUGGCCUCGGUGCUCUGCGUCGGCUCCGUAGUUCUGUUGGUCGUGGCCCUGUCUACGGAGCGGUGGGUGACAGGACGGAUCUUGUGUAAGACCGGGGCGGAGAUCGUGAACGCCUCACACCCCGAGCUGGAGCAGUUCAUCGGGAAUAUUUACUACGGAUUGUUCCAGGGAGGGAAGAGCAAGAAGUGUGGGCUGGGCAGGAGGAGAUCCAAAAUAUACAGUAAGAUAUACAGUAGCACACCUCUACAGCUUGAAGUUAUGAUAAGACUCUGUAGACUAACACAAAAAAGUUAUAACAAAUAAAGAAACCACUUAGAGUAGAACCAAAAAGUUAACCAAACACAUUAUAUGUGAUGGUUUACUCUAAAAACACUUGGGUUAUUUCUUCAACCCAAUUCCUGGGUUUUACGUGUUGAGUUAAAUUCUGGGUUAUUUUUCAGGUCCAUCCCCAUUUCUUGGGUCAUAUGGAUUCUAUUGUAUCCCAGUUUGAGGGUUUUUUUAAUGGGUUAAUAAUUAUGGGUUAUUUUUCUGAGUGUAACCCAAUAAUUGGGUCAGAACGUUGGGUUAGAUUGACUCUACAUGGUUUCGAGGCCUAUUGGCAAUUAAAGUAUAUUAAGUAUCUUGUGGGAAGUAGUCAUAAUCUGCCAGAGACAAGACGAAUAUAUUUGGUCAAAGAGUUGUUAUUUUGAUAACUUGAGUUUAGUCAUUUAUUUCUGUUCUGUGUCCAGUUUUCCCUAAGCUGGUGCGGACACUGAAUGGCGGUCUUCACAUGAUGGUGAUCCUCUUCUUGCUGGUGGCCGUGGGCUUUGCCAUUGUCAGUCUGUCCUUCUGCAUCUACAACGCACGCAAAGUCCCCUACCAGAGCAUCAAAGGCCAUAAAGGACUCUACCUGUGGAACUUCAUUGCUUGUAUGUAACUUACACAGUUUUCUCCUUCCUUACUCUCUUUUUGCCCUUGGUUUACCACUCCUCUCUUACUUCCUCUCCUGAUUUUUCACCAUCUGUUUUCAGCUCUUUUUGGUGCCUUGGCCCUGCUUUGUUUCCUGGCAGCCGUGAGGCACCACAGUCUGACCGAGCGGGUGGCUAAUUACCGUGAGAACCUCUUCGUGCUGGUGGUCCUGGAUGACAGCCUGGACUGGUCCUUCUGGCUCGGUGUGGGUAGCAUCGCAACUCACUUUGCUGUCUGUGGAGUUGUUGCCAUGAGUCGCAUCAAACUUCCCAAACCAGAGAUCAAAAAACCAGAAGAACCAACUAUUUCCUCUCUGGACCUUCUGUACUGAAGGAUGCACACAGGAGCUUUAUUUGCAUGUUUUAAACUUCAGAAUACUGACUGGAUAAAAUCUCAAAAUUGCAACCAGAGAGGACCAUCGCUGUGCCAGAGCUCCUUCAUUUAAGUGACUUCCCGGCUCAUAACAGCCUUCAUGUAGCCUCAAAAAUGUUGAUUUAUUUUUAGUAUUAGUAGCUAACUGAGAUAUUAAUAAUGAGAUAUGUUUGAAUGCUACACAUUGUAUGUACUGUGUAUAUUCUUUCUAAAGCUGCAAUAUGUGUCUCAUGUUUCAUAGUAUUACACUAUAUUAUCCAUACACCUUUUUUCAGACACAUUAUGGACAGCAGAUUAAGGUCAUUUCCUUUUCUUGAAGAUGGCUGAUAGGAUAAAAACCUUCAUUAAGGCUUUAAACUUGUCUUUUUUUUUACUAGAACUAUCUGUAAUACCUGACAGGAAAGUCUGGAUAAAUCAGGCUUUUUUUUGAUAGAAUUUGAGGGCCUGUUUAAUCAAUGUAUAUUAUAUCAAUAAACAGAUAGAACUUGAUGAUUUUCCUUAACUUUUCAUCCACUUUAGGUUUAAAAACACAAAUCUCUCAUCUGAAAAGGUUUUUCUACUCUGGAGAUCCAAAUUCUUUACACAUGGAAAAAAGGUAACUUAAGCCAUCAAUAAAAGGCUUCGUAUAAUGUGUAAAGUAGUGUUAUUCUGGUAUGUUGUUCAGGCUUUCUUGAAGAAUACAGCCGUUAGCAUGACUUUAGAUAUUCAUAAUCAUAUCAUCACUGAUACCAAUGAAGAUUUUCUUCUUUUGGAAAGGGAGAUAAACAAGCUGGAUGGUUCUAAAAUGGUGACAAACGUUUUUUAAAAUGAACGCUAACUAAAGUCUGAGGUAGUUUUUCCUGUUUCUUGUUUAUUUGUCAUAUUGAAGCAACAUAACCAGGGCAGAUUUUGGACGAAAGUCACCCGUGACAAACCCUAAGCUAAAAUUU